GCUGUGUUAUGAUAAAUGAAUUGUUAAUAAUAACUGAAAACCAAGGAACUACGAAGUACGUAGCAAUAGUUCUUUUGUUGACCAGUAGAGUUCUUCUGCCCGGUCCUCACGUGCAACGGCUCAACGAGAGUCAAGAACAAAAAGACGAGCGUACAAAAAAACUUUCUGAAGCCAUUAAUACAAUUAUAGAAUGUAUUGGUGAAGAUCCUAAACGGCAAGGUUUGCUGAAAACACCCGAUAGAUAUGCUCAAGCAUUAUUAUACUUUUCUAAAGGUUAUGAAGAGAGUAUUGAACGUUACAUUCCAAAUCGUCGUGUUCUCGGUUUAUCAAAACUUGCCCGAAUCGCUGAAAUGUUUUCAAGACGGCUUCAACUUCAAGAACGUUUAACAAAACAGAUAGCUGUCACUUUACAAGAAAUAUUAAAACCUCAAGUACAGAAACCUGGAAGUUCUACCACGACAAGUGUCAUGCUUGGUGUAUUUAGAGAUCAAGCAAAAACUAGAGAGGAAUUUUUAACAUUAAUUAAAAGCUAA